ACAAUUUAGCAUCUAUUUCAGACCCUUUUUAUUACAAAUGAAAAGCGCCAAUCAGAGGAUUGUUCAAACCCUUCAACCACUCAUUCACGGGCUAAAAUUCGCCGUCGUAUACUGCGGUACCCAUCAGUAUAAAGUUUCCCCUGGUGAUGUCAUUGUCGUUCAGAGGCUUCGCGCAGAAAUUGGAAGUCAGAUCGCGUUAAAAAAAGUCCUGAUGGUAGGUGGGGCACGUUUUACUUCCAUUGGGCGGCCUUUUCUAGAUCACGCUCGCGUUUUAGCAGAUGUAGAGGAGCAUAAGCGAAUGCGAAAUGUCGUUUCCCUUUUCUCUACCCCUGGGCGUCGGAUGGCGCGUUGGGUGGAUGCCGCACAUGCUGCCACGGUUUUACGCAUUACGGAAGUGAACUAUGAGCCGGAAAUCCUAGGCGAGGUUGAUAAAUACAGCGGAGUGCUUCUUAAAGAAUUUAACCCAGAGGUGCAUACAAAUCCGGUGUUUAGCGCAAAUGAUGGGUAUGAUAUUUUCAAAAAGAAAGACAGGGAAGCAAUUGAAGAAGCGACGACAUUCCUAGACAUGAUGGAAUAGCAAAAUUCAGGCAUUUAACACCCAAUGGAAGACCAAUACGGUGGGGUAGACGUGAGGAAACCAAUGUCUGGGGAUUGUGUGCAUCAAAUGAAUCCCCUAUAGUGUUGGUUGCUUUUUUGUGUAUACUUUGUACAUUACCUGUUUAGUGUUAGCCUCUGCAUAUGAUGUUUACGCUCUAUCAUGGAUUCAAUAGAUGGUUCCCUUCAUGAGCCCAGGCGGAAUGGGUUACAAAACACUAAAACAAAGAUGGGUGGAUGGACCGUAUGAAGGAAUGCAAUGAGAAGGAAAUCUUUAGCGGGAUUACACUGAUUAGCAUUAUAGCGGUUAUAUUUAUAAGCGAUCAUAUCGCGUGUGUGUGUUUUUCAGUGUGUGAUU